AGGGGCGGGGGCGGUGCGCGGCCGCGAAGCGUAGGGGAGGGGACCUGAGAGGAGGGGAUGAGCCGAGGGGAGGGGAGACCCGCCGCCUCCCUCCCUCGCUCGCUGACUUGCUCCCUCCCCGGCUGCGGCGGCUGCAACCGCGGCGGUGGCGGCGGCGGCGGCGGCGGCAACAGCCGGAGCAGUCUGGAGGCCGGCGUCGAGGAUUUGCUGCUGUCUUCGCCGCCGCUCCAUCCUUCCCUCAGAGGCCCUCUCCCCUCUCCUGUCUCAAGAUGGCAGCUAGCAGCUCUGAGGUCUCUGAGAUUAAGGGGGUAGAGGAGGGUCCCCAGACCCAGGGAGAAGGGCCUGGCCAUUCUGAAGGCCGAACUGGCUCUCCCCAGGUCCCAGCUGGGGUCUCAGAUGAGCCAGAGACCCUGCAGCCAGGCCCAGACGUCAUGGGGGCCCCUGUGGACUCAGAGCCCAAGGUUGGGCUGGCUCCAGAAACCACAGAGACCCCAACUGGGGCCCCUGAAGCAGCUCAGGCCAGAGACCUCAGCUCAAGCCCAGGAUGGAAAGCAAAGGCCAACUCCAGCACUGAAGAAACACGCCAAGAGCUAGCAUCCAAACCCGAAGUGAGCAAAGAGGCCACUGCAGACCCGGAAUCCAACCUGGAAUCCGCAGCCCCGCUUGAGCCAGCCUCAGAGCCUGCCCCCCAGCCAGAACCCCAGUCCGAGCCCCAGCCAGAGCCCCAGUCAGCCUCCCAGUCCACCUCCACACCAGCCCUUCAGCCAGAGCCCCCUACCCAGGAGGAGCCCACCUCUGAGAUCCUGAGCGAGAGCAUGGGAGAAAAGCAGGAGAAUGGGGCAGUGGUUCCCCUGCAGGCUGGUGAUGGGGAUGGGGAAGAGGGUCCAGCCCCCCAGCCUCACUCACCACCCUCCACAAAGACCCCCCCAGCCAAUGGGGCCCCACCCCGUGUGCUGCAGCAGCUGGUGGAGGAGGAUCGACUAGGAAGGGCUCACAGUGGGCAUUCAGGAUCUCCCCGAGGAAGCCUGAGCCGCCACCCUAGCUCCCAGCUCGCAGGGUCUGGGGUGGAGGGGGGUGAAGGCACCCAGAAACCUCGGGACUACAUCAUCCUCGCCAUCCUGUCCUGCUUCUGCCCCAUGUGGCCUGUCAACAUCGUGGCCUUCGCUUAUGCCGUCAUGUCCCGAAACAGCCUGCAACAGGGGGACGUGGAUGGGGCCCAGCGUCUGGGUCGCGUGGCCAAGCUCUUAAGCAUCGUGGCACUGGUAGGGGGGAUCCUCAUCAUUAUCGCCUCCUGCGUCAUCAACUUAGGCGUGUAUAAGUGAGGGGCUCUGCCCUGCAUUCCAAGACUUUUUUUCCUGUUGGGAGCUGCCUUGGGCCCAUCCUCCCCUGGGGGGAGCCCAAUCCAUGGCCCAGGCCCGCACCCAUAGGGACCAAGGGAGCCUGAGCGGCCUUGUUUACAGCUUCUUUCCUGUUCCUGCAUCCUGCCAGGCUCCUCUGCCAACCGUAGGCCUCCCUUCUCCCUGCACUGUUUCCAACCUCCCUGCACUUCUGCCUGCACCCCCUCCAGCCUCUCGGCUUCCCUAUCCUUGCACUUCUGGAAACCUCCCUGCACUUUUGGAAUCCUCCCUGAACAUCUCCCCAUCUCUCUGUGCUCUCAGCCUCCCUGCAUCUCUCCCCACCUUCCUGCACUACAACCUCCCCGAAUUUCCUGCACCUCGACCCUGGUCUCCCUUUCCCAACUGUCAUUGUCUCAGCUUCCUCCCCUCAUUCCUUUCUUCCUUCCCACCUAAUUCAUCGCCACUUCCCUCCCCACACCCUCCGCCCCCUUCCUCUUCCUGCCUCCUCAUCUCCCUCCAGCAUCCUCUCCUCCACCCUCCUCCACCGUUUAUUCAACAAAAACUCCAGCAUUUAGAUCAGGCUGGGGGAGGGGAGGGGUGUCAGGAAAGGGCUCUCUCGCCCGGGCUCCGACUGUUCUCUGUUGGGACCACCCAGGUCCGGACGACCCCCAGGGUGCCUCGGGGUCGCAAAGCCGGCCAGCCAGGCCUCAUUUGGAGACUUAUGCAGGGGUGGCGAGUUCCGAACACGCACCUGGGGGAACGGAGGGGCAUGGCUGUUGACCCUCCCUGGUCAGCCUGAGUUGACCUGUCCCAUCUGGGUUUUUUAACCCAGUCAGCGAACUCGUCGGAGCUGGGGUCAUUCACGUACUUUGUAAGAAAAAGAACCCCCCCAAAUAGGACCAAAGCUCCCAGCUGCAGGGAGCAAGGGAAGGGUGGAGAGGUGUAUUAUUCUUUUCUAAGAGGACGAGAGAGGUUUGUUGCACGCGACAGUCCGCUGGGGAGGCGGGGACCGAGCCACAACGCGGUUCGGAGUUGGCGGUUUUUUUUUUUUCCCUAAAAAAAGUGUAGGGAAAAAAACCUAAAAGUCUAAAAACAAACAAAAAAAAAAGGAUACAUCAACUGAUUCUCCCUUUUUGUAUGCCGAUGCUGCAUGGGUCUGAGACACCAAUAAACGGAGACUGCAUGAGACUCGC